GCGGCGGCCUGUGCCUGUGCUGGUAGUAACCAUUUCAUCGUGGACACCUCUGUGCACAGGGUGUCCAUGAUCAACUUUCAACACAUCUUCUCACCAGUGCAGCAGAGGCAGCAUUGCCGUUCACACGCGAGACGACAGCAAGCAUGAGCUUGUCGCCUUGUCGGAACACCAACCCGAGCACGGGUUCCACCACAAAAAGCAGCUCCCUCUUCUCGCAUGCAUCAAACACAGGCACAGUCACCCACGACAACAGCAAGAACGACGACACGACAAACAGCAACAAGACUGGCAGCAAUCGCGAGGAGCCCACCAAGAGCAUAGCCACGACCACGGCCACCGAGACCGGCAACAACAACAACAAGAACAAUAACACUGACAACAACGACGACAACACCCCCGACAACACCAGCGACGACAGCGACGACAACAGCACCAGCGGACACAAAGAGACCGCCAACACGCUUGCCACACCGCCAGAAGACGACGACACUGACAUGUCAGCGAACCCGCCCACGUCGCCAAGGCCGCCCUCUGCAGACCAAGGGCAACCGCAAGAACAAGAGCAAGAGGAGCAGCAUCUGGCGGGCGGAUCAACGUCCUCAAAGCGCAAGCAACGCAAGAGGCACGUCCGCAUUGCCCAUGCCCACGACAGCCCUGCCUCGGCGGGCGCACCAGAUGCGAUGCGCAUUUCCCGGCGAUCGCUCAGGCGAAGCGUCAAGAGCAUCAAGCAAGUCGGCCCUUAUGCUGUGGGCGACAAGAUUGGCGAGGGCAGCUACGGCGCCGUCCACGUGGCAACGCACUUGCCGACGGGACAAGAGGUUGCACUCAAGUUCAUUGACCGGCGGAAGAUCAAGGAGAAGUACAUCCACGAGAACCUGGAGCGGGAAGUGAGCAUCAUGCAGCAGCUCGAACACCCCUUUGUCAUCAAGCUGCUGCAAGUGGUUGAGUUUGACGACUACAUGUGCAUCGUGACGGAGAAGGCGGAGGAGGAUUUUCUGACGAUCCUCGUUGAUUCGGGCGUCAUCGCAGAGGCCAGGGCCAAGAAGUACGCCGCACAGCUCAUGCUCGCCGUGCAACACCUGCACCAGAAAGGCAUUGCACACAGGGAUCUCAAGGUUGAGAACAUGAUGCUGGACAAGGCAGACCACGUUAAACUCAUCGACUUUGGGCUGAGCAAUCAGCUGACGCCGGCAAAGCAGCUGUUCACGACGUGUUGCGGAUCACUUGCAUACAGCGCGCCAGAACUGCUUGGGCAGAAGCCAUACUCUUUCUCCGUCGACGUCUGGGGCAUCGGCAUCUGCCUGUAUGUGAUGCUGACGGCUCGUCUUCCCUUCCAUGCAGAGAGUUUGACACAGCUGCACGCGAACAUUUUGGAGAAAAACUACACGCUUCCAUCGUCAUUCUCAGACGACUUGAAGGACUUGAUCACGCGGUGCUUCGAAUUCAGACCGAACAAGCGCAUCACCCUUGACGAGAUGCUGGCGCAUCCCUGGGCGGCGGAGGCCGUGGCGGAAGCGCGAACGCGAGCAGACCGCCUCAUAGAGAUUGACGACGAGAUUGUCAAGCGAAUGACCAACAUGGGCUACGAGGAGCCAGAAGGGCUCAAGGAAUCCAUUCUCGCCAACAAGUGGUCGUCGACAUAUGUCACAUAUCAUCUCUUCAAGCAAGCAAAACAGUUCCACAAAAAGAAGAAGCCACACCUUCGCGCCACCAUGUCAUUGCAGGAAAUACCAUCACUACCCAAACCGGGUGGCCCACAUGCGCGACACUCGACCAUGUCACCAAAACGCCACACCGCCGCCAACGCGAAUGCGAGUGCGAAUGCGAAUGCGAAUGCGAAUGGCAGCGGCGGCAGUAAGCAGCACACGCGUUAUCGCUCAACACGGCGAGCACAAACACAUGCGCGGGGGAGCGGCGAAGCAGACACAACACCGCAAUCGCUAUCUCCUGCUCGCCACCAUCACCAGCAACACCACCAACACCACCACCACCAGCAGCAGCAGCAGCAGCAUUUGUUACAGCCGCUGCACCCGCAUCCCCCAACGGCGCCCACGGACAAUGGCGAGCAGCACGAGCACCAGCAGCAGCAGCACCACCACCGCUUCCGGCACACGUCGCAGGAGGGCGAGCAGGGGUGGAGGGAUGGUCGGCGGAGUGACGGUCGCAGUGGCCGCAGUCUGAGCACAAGCACGAGUCCACGGCGAUGGCCGUCUGUACACAGCCGCUCCAGAGGCAGGAUGGCGAGCGAGGGGCGUGUCAGCCAACAGCAGCAGCAGCAGCGUCCAUCGCAGCAAUCACAGCAGUCCCAACUGUCACGGCAAUCACAGCAGUCCCAACUGUCACGGCAAUGGCGCGACGGCGAAGGUGAUGGCGGCAGUCGCAGUGAUGUGUUUUCAACAGAUGCGGGUGAGAGGGUGAAAGCGAGGCCACAGCACGGACGCCGACGCAGAAUGGACGGAGACAGCAGCAGUAGCGCACAGGGCAGCAACGCGUUUGACUUCAACUCUGGGCAGUGGGAGGACUCUGUCUCUGGCGGUGUGCACAACAUCACGAUUGAUGACGACGAUGACGAUGAUGAGCGGAGGAGUCAGAUGACAGGCAACAGUUCACGGCGUGACAGCUACCAGGACUUGUUGCAUGUGUUGCAUCAUGACAUGAGCAGCAUGGACGAGCACAAGAAGCGCCGGUCGUCCCUCAAUGUGCCGUCGGUGUCAAGUCUUUCCUCCACUGCCAGCAUCGCCAACGACGGCCGGCCCAUCUCCCGUGAUCGCAAGAGGUCCAACAGCAUGAUAUUGCUCAACAAGACGCCAUCGUCACACGACACAAUCCCCGCCCCUCCCUCGCCUGACUUGAGUCCCGGGCGUUCGUUUGAGCGCGCCCGCCCAACUGCCGCUGUUGGCUCACGCCAGGGCCGACACGGCAGCCAGCGACGACGAUCACCACACCAGCCAGGCACUGGCGGCACUGGUGGUGGACAGCAGAUGGGAAGAGGGAGGGAUGAGCUGUCAUCCCCCUCUGGCAGGCGCGCACCGUCGCCCCCUGCCCGGCCGUCACCCUUCCACCGGUCCGUGAGCAUGCUCGGUCCCUCCACUGCUCUCUCGCAGGCAGCAUCCUCCACGCGCGCCCGCAACCGCGACACGGGCAUGAGGAGAAACAAGUCGUCAACAAAUGUACAAGACGAGUACACGGCGUCACUUCGUGGCCUGCUCUCCCUCCUCAAUAAGGCCGCGGCGGCCGGGUCUGAGGAGAAGAAGCAGGCGUGCAUUGAGCGCGUGAAUCAGGGCAUGUACAAGUGCUUACGGGCAGCGCCUGACGCCUCGUUCGCCAAGGACGCGCUUGAUAUCGGAUGGACGCUCACGGGUCUCAAGCCAACGACGGACUUGGAUCCUCUCAUUGAUCUCGUGGAAGACACAAUUCGAGGCCCAAGACGCGGUGACGGCGAUGGCGCUGGCAUGUCACCGAUUUCCCCAAAUCCACCACGACGGCCUAAACCGACACGCGCCACGUCCACCAGCACCGGCUUUGGGUCGUCCCAGUUGCACCCACACCAGCUGCACCCACACCACCAUCUCCACCACAACCACCACCACCACCAUCAUCACCACCAUCAGAACACGCCCCACAUGAGCCGGUCGAAAUCAGGCACAGACGUUAUGCAGACGUCACUCCGCGCCCCAUUCCGCCCCCUCCUCUCGCCUACACCGGAGAGGACGCUUCCAGACAUCAACAGCAAAUCACCGUCACCGCUGCCUCCGGGCCGCGGGAAUGCUGGUGGUGCCGGCAACACCCGCGCCACCAACGCCAACAGCCCCGUGUCGUUCUUGGACGACUUGCAGUCAUCCGGUGACCCCUCACCGCGUCGCACGCUGCCGAACGCGCCAAAGCCAAACGUGCACCUGAGCACACAGCACCAGCGGCACAUGCGCCCCUCGUCCACCUCACAUCUCCGCCCACUCUCACCAGGGCGGCAGGGCACCCCUACGCCACCGCCACCAACAACGCUGCACCCCAUCUCGCAGCCAACGUCGCGCGCGGUGUCGCCAGGCCGCGCACUCCGCAGCGGCAGAAGUCCGGGCCAAUGAGCAGCAUGCUGCCGUUGUUGCCACAGUGCACUGCUUCCGUUACCAUCGUGACGCGGACGCUUAGCUUCUUCUUGACUCUUGUUAUGACACCUGUGACAGCAAUCAUGCUCGGUUACAGGAACACACACGCAAUCCCCGCUUUCACGGUGUUUGCUUUUGCUUCUUUCUUGUUCUUUCCUGCUGCGCGCACGCACGCGCGAAUGCAACCACAGCUUCAUUGCUUCUACGUGCCACUCUACGCUUCUCGCUACUCGUUGACCUGCAUGCCCUUGAAUCUUUCUUUAUGUAAUGGAUGCGUGAUUCAAUUUGCUAACACACGUUGCGUUGCCUUGUUGCUUUCUGCCCUGCCUUUUGGAUCUCUUUCAUUGAUUGACUGCUUGCUUGAUUGAUUAUGUUAUGGACCGCCUUUUGUUGCUCUUUUUUUUUUUUUUUAUCUGUAUGCUGCGCUCAAAGGAGAGCCAGCACGCCACUUACACUAAACCACCACCACAACAACAUCGACAACACCGACAACGAC